UGCUGGCCAACUGAAUUUAAAGUAUAAAAAAGUUGCUAUUUUGAGAGGUGUAAAAGAGAGGCCUAUGAUGAGUAGAUGUACCUGGCAGGAGGGUUUUGUUGUCCUGUUUUGUUGUCCUGUUUUGUUUUGCUUUUUCUCCCCGUGGGACAAUCUUGGUGUUUGCAGGAGCUGGUGAGCCAGUCAGCUGGGGACAGAAAGAAGCAACAGAAGAGCUGAACAUGAAGCCAGAUCCUGGGGGAGGCAGGCUGGGUGGGGUCAAGGGAAGACAGGAAGCUGACUUUCCAUAAGAGAAGGCACUGCUGCUUCAUCCUGUAAAGCUGAAGGGAUCGCAUGAACGGUCUCCCGGGUGGUUGAGCAUGGACUCAGUGGCUACUCACAGCUGCCAUCUCCUCCAGCAGCUGCAUGAGCAGCGCAUUCAAGGCCUGCUUUGUGACUGUAUGUUGGUCGUGAAAGGAGUGUGCUUUAAAGCACAUAAGAAUGUUCUAGCAGCAUUCAGUCAGUAUUUUAGGAGCCUCUUUCAGAACUCUUCAGGCCAAAAAAGUGAUGUUUUUCACUUGGAUAUUAAAAAUGUGAGUGGCAUUGGGCAGAUCCUGGACUUCAUGUACACCUCUCACCUAGAUCUUAACCAGGACAAUAUACAAGUAAUGUUGGACACAGCCCAGUGUUUGCAAGUUCAGAAUGUUCUGAAUCUGUGUCACACAUUUUUAAAAUCAGCCACUGUGGAGCAGCUCCCGGGCGUGGCUUGUGACAGCACGUUCUCCCUGCAGGGUGCUCUGCCUGCAGAAGCGCACUGUGCCGGGAGUGAAAGCUACCCUCCUCAUUUGCUGCAGGAGUGUCCUGCCGAUGUCCAGCAGAGUCAGGUUCUGGCUGAUUCCCACGCUCCCCCUCCGCCGUCCGUGACUCUCCCUCACUGUGCAGGCGAGGCAUCCAAACAAGCGCCCGACGUGCUAGACAGCCCCUGCCCUGAGUUGCCUUUCAGACAGCCGAGUUACUACUACAAGCUCAGAAACUUCUACAGCAAGCACUACUACAAACAGGCUGCGGGUCCCGGCCAUGACAGGACGGCUGAGCAGCCCCGCGCUUUCCGCACAGCCACAGACCUCGGGGCCGGCGACAGCCAGCCUUGCCCCAGCAGUCACGCUGAAUGUGUCCUGGAGUCUUCAGAGCACUUGCCUCCCCACUUCUUGGCCCCACCUUUGAGCGACUCAGCCCCAGACCCCGAGUUGGACAGCCUGUGCCAGCCGCCCACCAGACAGCUGAGGCUCAAAAAGGCCAUUCACCUUAAGAAGCUAAAUUUCCUUAAAUCCCAAAAAUCGGCAGAGCGGCCCUCCGAUGCCAAGCCAGACGACAGCUUAACGAAGAGGGUAGAAUGUGCUGGUGCAAAUACUACAGAGAAAGCCAGCAGCCACAGUGCUGAAGAAAACGAAGGCGAAGACCUCGUCCAUGCUGAGCAUUUUAACUGCAUUAACGAAACAGAGAGGCCCGAAGAGGCUGCCGCGCUGGAGGACCAGGCCCAGAUGCUUCCGUCACAGAGACAGUACACGUGUGAAUUGUGUGGGAAACCUUUUAAACACCCAAGCAAUUUGGAGCUUCACAAACGGUCACAUACAGGUGAGAAACCUUUUGAAUGUAACAUUUGUGGGAAACAUUUCUCUCAGGCAGGUAACCUGCAGACUCACUUACGUCGGCAUUCUGGUGAAAAACCAUACAUCUGCGAGAUCUGUGGAAAGAGGUUUGCAGCAUCUGGUGAUGUCCAGCGUCACAUCAUUAUCCACUCGGGAGAGAAGCCACACUUGUGUGACAUCUGUGGGCGAGGGUUCAGUAACUUCAGUAACUUGAAGGAGCACAAGAAGACGCACACGGCCGAUAAAGUCUUCACCUGUGAUGAGUGCGGCAAGUCCUUCAACAUGCAGAGGAAGCUGGUAAAGCACCGGAUUCGGCACACAGGGGAGCGGCCCUACAGCUGUCCCGCCUGCGGCAAGUGUUUCGGGGGCUCUGGUGACCUGCGCCGGCAUGUGCGUACACACACCGGGGAGAAGCCAUAUGCGUGUGACAUCUGUGGCAAGUGCUUCACGCGCUCCGCAGUGCUCCGGCGGCACAAAAAGAUGCACUGCCGGGCCGACGGGGCCCAGGACACGCUCGACGGGCUCGCUCACGCCGUCGAGGCCUCCGACCUGGACAGAUCGCAGAGCUCAGACUCCUUUUCCCAGGACGUGUCUGUGACUCUGAUGCCCGUGGCAGUCAAGCUCUCCGGGCACCCAGCGGAGGAUUCAGUGACAGAGUUUGACGGCCACACUGCCAGCUCCUUCUGCAAGUUCCGGCCCACGGGGCAGCCACCCGGAGUGGAAGAGCCGGAGAAGCUGGGGCUAGACCCUGGCCAGCUCACCAAGCCUCUGCGGCAGCCCGCACAGUCUCCGGCCUAUGCCUACCAGGAUGUGGCCGCUGCGGCCAGCGAGGCUUCACUGCAGCCCGAUGGCCUGUCUCUGGGCCGCUCGUCCCUGGCCACACUGGACAACCACUGCGGUGAUGCGCUGGGCAGCCGCGGGGCCACCACACCGUACAGGAACUCCGAGGGGCAGUUCUUCUCCAGCAUGACACUCUGGGGGCUGGCCAUGAAGACGCUGCAGAACGAAAACGAGCUAGACCAGUGACGUCUGGAGGCAGCAUUCCCAGCCUCGGAGCUUUUUCUGAGCCCAGUGGCCCGGCGUCCGUGCUUUGGUAGAGAGCGUUGUCCCUGUAGUGACCCUUUCUCACCAGUCCGAGAAUAGCUGGACCAUUUCGUGCUGAUGGUGACUGACAAUUGGAAGCUUCUGGAGCCCACAACUGGGGAAGAAGACCUGGCAGCUCCCCAUGCACACGGAUGCAGGAGUGGAGGAGCGGACAGCCUGGGAAACCAUCCCGCUGACCUUCACUGGUGCGAAGGGGUCAACUACUGUACGUCUCAGUCACAUUAAAGGGGAAUAUCUAUAUAUGGAAACACAAAUGUUUGCAUUUUUACAUGAUUGAAAUUUGUACUGUUUUGUAUUUUUAUUUACACAGAAAGUUUAUUUGUAUAUGAAACCCAUGCUAUAAUUUAAUUUGAAUAAGUGAAACUUGACUUUCUAUA